UUUUAAGGACAGUCUGCUAAUGAAUCGCCCUACUUCACAUGCUCCCUGACCUAUGUUCCUAUACAUCUCUAGGAAGCAAGCUAAAAAGUAAUGCAGGCUGAACAGGACCUAAUCCAUGCUGGUUUGUAAAGCAGCGUGUAGGCUAAGUCACCCUUUGAGAUAGCCCGAAGGAAGACUCCGCGUCGACACUGGGACCUAACGCCGUUGUUUAUAUUUUCAUUUCCGCUAUAGGUUAGCUGCUCCUUUAAGCAUCCGGUACGGUUAAUUAAUUAGAUUCGAGAUACAUGCAUCUCCCUAGCGCCAUUAUUCGCACCGCAUCAAUCUUCGCCGCGAGGGAACGGAAUGGCACGAGCAGGACAGGACCGGUGCACAGGGAGAAUGAGAACCGCUCUGAGCCCAGAGACAUACCGUCAAAACAAGAACCAGCUGGCAUUUCUCUCUGCCUCCCUACUUAUGUAAUAUAAUAUGUAAAGCUAGUGGACCGUGUCCUCUUUCUCCGAAACGUGUCUCUUCUCCGCUGAAAGCGUAACAACAGCUGCCCUUGUCGUUGCACAGACGGGGAUGUCAACACCGCAAGAUGGUCCGCAUAGCGAGCGUCCUGGGUUUGAUGAUGUUCAGUGUCGCUCUGCUCAUACUCUCAUUGAUCAGCUACGUGUCAAUAAAAAAAGAUUUUCUCUUCAUGACACCCAAAUAUGCAAAUUCAGGUGGGCCUCGGAUGUAUAUGUUCCAUGCGGGAUUUCGCCACGGUCCAAUCCCUUCACAAGUACGAUACCAUCAGGACGUCAUGCAACCAAUUGACAUCAGGUCUCAGCUGGCCAUGAAGUACCUGGACCCGGCCUUCACCCCUCUGACCAAGGCCCUGAACGAGGGCCUGCAGGAAAACGCCUCCAAAUGGCGCUAUAACAGGACAGCAUUCACAGAACAGAGAAAAGAGAUCUCUCAACACAUCGACAUCGCCCACAACUUCACCCUGACCCGGAGCAGCGUGCGCGUGGGUCAGCUGAUGCACUAUGACUACUCUAGCCACAAGUACGUCUUCUCUAUCGGAGAGAACUUCAAGUCCCUGCUUCCCGAGGCCUCCCCCAUCGUCAACAAGCACUACAAUGUGUGUGCCGUGGUGGGCAACAGCGGCAUUCUCACAGGGAGUCGCUGCGGUCCCGAGAUCGAGAAGUUCGACUUCGUCUUCCGCUGCAACUUCGCUCCCACCGAGAUCUUCCGUCGGGAUGUGGGGCGGAGGACGAACCUCACGACCUUUAACCCCAGCAUUCUGGAGAAGUACUAUAACAACCUGCUGACCAUCCAAGACAGGAACAACUUCUUCCUGAGUCUGAAGAAGCUGGACAGGGCCAUACUCUGGAUCCCUGCUUUCUUCUUCCAUACCUCGGCCACGGUGACCAGGACACUGGUCGACUUCUUCGUGGAGCACAGAGGACAGCUGAAGGUUCAGCUGGCGUGGCCGGGCAACAUCAUGCAGUACGUCAACAGAUACUGGAAGACCAAGCAGCUGUCACCGAAGCGUCUGAGCACGGGGAUCCUCAUGUACACUCUGGCCUCGUCCAUGUGUGAGGAGAUCCACCUGUACGGCUUCUGGCCCUUUGGCUGGGACCCCAACACGGGCAAGGAGCUGCCCUAUCACUAUUACGACAAGAAGGGUACCAAGUUCACCACCAAGUGGCAGGAGUCCCACCAGCUGCCAGCAGAGUUCAAACUGCUCUAUAGGAUGCACACAGAGGGACUUAUCAAACUAACGCUCUCACAUUGUGCCUAGACUUGACUGGACUGGACCGAACCAGACUGGACCUGGACUGGACUGGACCGGACCGUCCUGUACCAGACCGUCCUGGACCUGACUGGACUGGACCUGACUGGACUGGAUCGAACCAGACUGGACCGGACCGACCUGACUGGACUGGACCGAACCAGACUUGACCGGACCGACCUGACUGGACUGGACCGAACCAGACCGGACCAAACCGACCUGGACUGGACCGAACCAGACCGGACCAGACUGGACCGAACCAGACCGGACCAGACCAACCUAGACUGGACCGAACCAGACCGGACCAGACCAGACUGGACCGAACCAGACCGGACCAGACUAGCAUGGACUAGAUCAGACUAAAGGUUUUCUGAUUGUAAACUGGUUUUCUGGUUAGGAAGGUGCUAUAUAACCAGAUUACAACCCACUGGUGUCUGUUACUGUACAACCAAGUGUAAAGGUAACGUCUGUUUCAUGACAACAUCAAUACAUAUUUGGGGUUGUUGUCUGGUUAGAUAGACUUAUUUUCCCGUUGAUUAGGGGAAAAAAGGGUUCCCAAAGGGUUCUUCGGCUGUCCCAGUAGGAUAACCCUUUUUGGUUCCAGGUACCUGGGUUCUACCUGCAACCCCCAAAAAAAGGGUUUUUAAGUAAGUAUUUCACGGUAAGGUCUACAACCUGUUGUAUUUGGCGCAUGUGACAAAUAAAGUUUGAUUUGAGUUUUCCUAUGGCGGCUGCUGAAGAACCCUUUUGGUUCUAAAUAACACCUUUUUUUCCCCCGAAGUGUACGACCUGACCAUGACGUCAUAAAAUAUGUCAUUGUGAUGUCAUUGCAACCACUUUUGCCCGCUGCGAUCAGUGCGUGAGAGCAAUAGGCACUAGCCCCUGUGCUAUCUGAUCCAAGAUGGCUGCCCAAGAUGGCUGCCCAUGCUGCCAUGUUGCUGCCUGCUAGUGCUACGCUUUGAUACAGAUUAACUACAGCAGAUUAACUACAGCAGAUAAACUACAAGACAGUAAUAUCAGCCUAUAUCUUUAUAACCUGAGCUCAUCAUUCUUUAUCAGAGCUAUGGUUAAAUUAUGGCACAAUAGAAACAAAAGAAAUAGAAACUACAGAAAUUCCUGUAUUUAUGUUAUACGUGUGCAGGGGCCAGCUGGUUAUAUUUAUACAAAAUGGUUAUGGUGAUUAUUCAGUUUUUUUUAUUAUUCUGGAUAUCUAUCCUGAAAUAGAACUACACAGAUAUCUAUCCUGAAAUAGAACUUCCCAGAUAUAUAUCCUGACAUAGAACUUCCCAGAUAUAUAUCCUGACAUAGAACUUCCCAGAUAUCUAUCCUGACAUAGAACUUCCCAGAUAUCUAUCCUGAAAUAGAACUUCCCAGAUAUCUAUCCUGACAUAGAACUUCCCAGAUAUCUAUCCUGACAUAGAACUUCCCAGAUAUCUAUCCUGACAUAGAACUUCCCAGAUAUCUAUCCUGACAUAGAACUUCCCAGAUAUCUAUCCUGACAUAGAACUUCCCAGAUAUCUAUCCUGACAUAGAACUUCCCAGAUAUCUAUCCUGACAUAGAACUUCCCUGAUAUCUAUCCUGAAAUAGAACUUCUACAAAGGGGAUUUCCAUUCAAGUCAACGGGUCUGUGAUGGGAUUUCUAUCUUUAUCCAUGCUCGUUCCAGGGCUCUGUGUAUGUAGUGUCUUGGUGGGAAGGAUUGGGAAUGGGGUCUUCUGUUUUGAGAUGGAUUGUAGAUGGGGUCUUCUGUUUUGAGAUGGAUUGUAGAUGGGGUCUUCUGUUUUCAGAUGGAUUGUAGAUGGGGUCUUCUGUUUUCAGAUGGAUUGUAGAUGGGGUCUUCUGUUUUGAGAUGGAUUGUAGAUGGGGUCUUCUGUUUUCAGAUGGAUUGUAGAUGGGGUCUUCUGUUUUCAGAUGGAUUGUAGAUGGGGUCUUCUGUUUUCAGAUGGAUUGUAGAUGGGGUCUUCUGUUUUGAGAUGGAUUGGGCUGGUUAAUGUGGCAUAACCAGGCUGGGAUGGUGUGGGGUGAGACUGGUUCUAAGAGGAUACUGUGUACUGUUCAUUCAAAUUCUGAGUUAUUAUAUUAUACAAAUGAGACAAACUAAUUGUUGUUGAACAAACACAACUAUUUUUGUAACCUAAACUAAUUUCAAAGUGCUAUUUUUCUUCUGGUCUUACAGAGUUGACAUUUGUUUUGUCCUUGUUGAAAGUUACUUGUUCCUUAUCUGUGGAUGAAUUACUUACAUGAAUAAUCAGAUAUUGUAUGUGUAUUUAUAUACUGUACAUAUCUAUGAUACUUGUUUAUUUCAAUAUAUCGUUAUGUCAACUUGAAAUAAUGACAUAGAAAUGAAUGAUGUAACGAAUUUGCCAAUUUUAUUGGAGGAUAUUGGGCAGGUUGUUUUUUGUAUGUUGUUUCCUCGAUGCCAAUGAUGAUUUUUUGUUUUUAUCAUGUUACCAUUUUUUAAUUAUGACAUAAUUUACUCUUUGACUUGCUUACAGAUCGAUCAAUUCUUACAGCCUUGGAAUAAUGCUAUUAAUAUUGCCAGCAUGGGAAUGUUUUCUGUUAAUACUCAAAGCUCCUGCAAAGCUACACAAAAUAGCACAAAGCUACAAGACAUUUGAUAUAUCCUGAGACACAGAGAGCCAUUAACAUUUUUUUUAAAACUUUAUUUAACUAGGGCAAGUCAGUUAACAACAAAUUGUUAUUUACAAUGACGGCCUACCGGGGAACAGUGGGUUAACUGCUUUGUUCAAGGACAGAACAACAGAUUUUUUUACCUUGUCAGCUCGGGGAUUUGAUCUAGCAAACCUUUCGGUUACUGACCCAACGCUCUAACCACUAGGCCAACUUAAGGCCGAAUCGCUGAAGAAUUGUAAUUUUAUAAGGAAAAUUGUUAGCAUCAUCUAUAAAUUGGAUGUAUGUCAACAACAUGGUUACUGUAAUGUCAUCUUAUUGUGCACCAAAGAGUACAUAGAUUAGAUUUAUUGCAAAACAGCCUUAACAAGCUAAUGGAAACUCCUCCAUCAUAGUAGCUUGGGAAUUCUUAUAUAGCUGCAAUGCUACAAUACAGCUACAAUGCUACAAUACAGCUACAAUGCUACAAUACAGCUACAAUGCUACAAUUCAGCUACAAUGCUACAAUACAGCUACAAUGUUACAAUUUAGCUACAAUGCUACAAUACAGCUACAAUGCUACAAUUCAGCUACAAUGCUACAAUACAGCUACAAUGCUACAAUACAGCCACAAUGCUACAAUACAGCUACAAAGUCAUUUUGUAUUUGAACCAACAACAAGAGUUAUAGCCUCUGAAAUGAAUGAAAAAGUAGUAUUAUGUAAAGUAUUUCAAGUAUAAUAAAGUAUAAUAAAAGUAGUAUUAUCUAUCUGUAGAACAAGACUACUACAGUACAGUAAAGGUAUUGGUCCAGACUAGACAGGCUCAGACAAGGUCAGACAAGGUCAGACAGGCUCAGACAGGCUCAGACAAGGUCAGACAGGCUCAGACAAGGUCAGGCAGGCUCAGACAAGGUCAGACAGGCUCAGACAAGGUCAGACAAGGUCAGACAGGCUCAGACAAGGUCAGACAGGCUCAGACAAGGUCAGGCAGGCUCAGACAGGCUCAGACAGGCUCAGACAGGCUCAGACAAGGUCAGACAGGCUCAGACAAGGUCAGACAGGCUCAGACAAGGUCAGACAGGCUCAGACAAGGUCAGACAGGCUCAGACAGGCUAGACAGGCUCAGACAGGCUCAGACAAGGUCAGACAGGCUCAGACAGGCUCAGACAAGGUCAGACCGGCUCAGACAGGCUAGACAGGCUCAGACAAGGUCAGACAGGCUCAGACAAGGUCAGACAGGCUCAGACAGGCUCAGUAUUGUUUUAAAUUGACCUCACACAUACAAUACAGAGCAUAACAUAAGGCCCCCUCUCUCUCUCUCUCUCUCUCUCUCUCUCUCUCUCUCUCUCUCUCAAAAUUCUAAUUCAAAUUCAAGCUGCUUUAUUGGUGUGGAAAACAUUGCGUCAAUAUUGCCAAAGCAACAACAUAUACAAUAUACAUUGUAAUAAAUGUAUGAAUAAUAAUAAUAUAAAACUCUCUCUCUCUGUCUCUGUCUGUCUCUCUCCCUCUCUUUCUCUCUCCCUCUCUUUCUCUCUGUCUCUCUCUCUUUCUCUCCCUCUCUAUGUCUCUCUCUCCUCUCUCUCUCUCUCUCUCUCUCUCUCUCUCUCUCUCUCUCUCUCUCUCUCUCUCUCCCCCUCUCUCUCCUCUCUCUGUCUCUCUCUGUCUCUCUCUCCUCUCUCCCUCUCUCCCUUUCUCUCUCUUUCUAUCUCUCUCUCUGUCUCUCUCUUUCUAUCUCUCUCUCCUCUCUCUCUCUCCCUCUCUCUCUCUAUGUCUCUCUCUCUCUUUCUCUCUCUUUCUCUCUCCCUCUCUCUCUAUGUCUCUCUCUCUCUUUCUCUCUCUCUCCUUUCGAUCUCCUCUGUCUUUCUCUCUCUCUCUGUUUCUCUCUCUCUCUGUUUAUUCACCCCCUCUGACUCUCACCACAUGGCUCCUGUCCACAGUCCAAUACACACAAUCAUUAAAGGCUGCUUCAUUGACUUUCUUUUGGAAUCAAUUAUUUUAUAUUCUGUCUGUCUUCCAGCCCUUGACUGAAGAGCUUUAAGGCUUUCCAAAGCUCACGGGUCAUGAAGUCCUUCUUUUCUACUCUCUCAUCUUCUUCUAUGGUUGUCUGCAAUGACCCUUUAUUCUCCUCCCUGAAAGGAAAUGGAUCAGACCUAUAUCAUAUAGCAAAAGGCCUCUAUGGAAAUCCCAUAUGAGUGCCGUUGGUGUCAUUAUAACAUGUUAGAUCAAUUAGCUGCUUUUUCUGGUUUAUUCUCAAACCCACGUGGCCGGUUUAUUUUACAAGAGGGUCAUGAACUGUACAAGCCAAUGUUUGUGUAUUUCUCCCUGUUACUUGAGAAUGAUAGCACUUGAUGACAGUCAUAGAUUGUAAAAUCAUGUGUACAUUUUGUGUGUGUGUGUGUGUGUGUGUGUGUGUGUGUGUGUGUGUGUGUGUGUGUGUGUGUGUGUGUGCGUGCGUGCGUGCGUGCGUGCGUGCGUGCGUGCGUGUGUGUAAAUCAUUGAAAUGUUUCUCAGUGUCUUACUAAGUACAUCUCAGUCACAACAUUUCCCCUUUUGUGAUCAGUUUCCACGUCUGUUUCAAUAUUUGAUUAAAUAAGAGUUCCUUUAUUUAUUUUUUAACAAAACAAUGUGUGCAUAUCAUGUGUGUUUGGAUGUUUGAAUGAGCAUAUGACUUGGUGGCGGAGGUAUACAUGAUUUACGUGUAUGUUUAUGACUCCUUUAACGCUAUGGGAUACAGAGGAAUCACAACCUAGCCUAUAGAAACAACUGAAUGAUCAUAUACUGAAUGUGAUUGGUCUGGAUGAUGUGUCCGUCAGGAGAAGGUAUCCUCCUGUCCUCCAGUCUUGUGAAUGUAAAAACACACCGUUGUGUCUCACACCAGGAAUACUCUGACUAUUGUGACAAAUACACUUCAAGUUUAUCAAUAAAAGUGCCGUUUCUUUA